GGGCACUAGCAGAGUUAGGGUGACAAGGUAGGGCAGGAGCUGUUGGGUACGUCAGACACCCCAUGCAUGCCGCUCAGCAAGCUGGCUUGGCCACAGACUGCCCUGCAUCGCUGCUAGUGGUGGGGAAGGCAAGGUAAAAAAAAAAACCACCCUGGCUGAGAAAGAGAGUAAGAAACAAAGCGUGGGCCCUUCGCUCAGGCUCCGCAGCAGCUUGUGCUUGUCCUGCCUUGUUACGUGUUUGCUGUAAUAAUAUUUCCCCUUUAAGGCUGGGCUGAAGUUAUUUAUACUUGUGGGGUGGUGACAGGAACACAGAGCGGAGCAGGAGCCCUGAACUGCUCUUACCUGAUCUGCAGCGAGGGUGCAGAGGAGCAGUUUGAGGUGGAAGGAAACCCAGAAAAACAAGAGGGAGCAAGAGAGGGAGUUCGGCAGGGGGGAAGAGAAACCAGGCAGGGCAUCCCUGGGGAGAAACGAGGGAGGGGAGAAGGCGGGAAACAGAAAGAGGGGGAACAAGGGAAGAAGGAAGGACAGCAGUAAGGAGGGAGAGGUGCUUGGGGGAAAGCAAGGGGCAGAGCAGCCCCUGGGAGUCAAGGGGCUGUGGACAUCCGAUGCCGAGUGUUAUCUGAGAGUGCUGAGAGGGUACAGCCAAGCGAAGCAGCUCUUGUGGUCUCCUCCCAUCUCUCAAGAUGAUGAAGAGGCAGUUUCAUCGGAUGCGGCAGCAACUGUCCCAUCCCAGCCUCACCAUCCGAGCCCAAGAAUCAACUGAGCUCCUGACAGAAGAUUUGCUGCAGAUCGAGCAGAGGAUUGAGCCAGCCAAGCGAGCGGCUCACAGCGUGUCCAAGAGGCUCCAGGCCUGUCUGCAGGGGCAGUGUGGGUCAGAGAUGGACAAGCGAGUGAAGAAGCUGCCCUUGAUGGCUCUGUCCACAACAAUGGCUGAGAGUUUCAAGGAAUUAGACACAGAGUCUAGCCUUGGGAGAGCCCUGGAGAUGGGCUGUUGCAUACAGAGCACGCUGGCCAAAAUCCUGGCUGAGUUUGAGAUCGCCCUGGAGCGCGACGUCCUGCAGCCACUGAACAAGCUCAGCGAGGAAGAGCUUCCCAUCAUCCUGAAGCGCAAGAAGACACUGCAGAAGUUGAUCUCCGACUGGAAUGCCAUCAAGAGCAGGCUGAACCAAGCUGCCAAGAGUUCCAGUAACAGCACAAGCACCGGCACUGGCCCUGGGGCAUCUUCUGCUGCCAACAAACUGGAGAACUUGAAGGAAGAGGAGGAGGAGGUGAAGAGGAAGGUGGAGCAGUGCAAGGGAGCCAAGGAUGAGGUGGAAGGUUGCUCUUUGCUGUCUCUCCUCCCCCAGGAUGAGUACAUGGCUGACCUCUACCACUUCUCCACUAAAGAGGACAGCUACGCCAGCUACUUCAUCAGACUGAUGGAAAUCCAAGCCCAGUACCACCGGCAGUCCCUAGGAUCUCUGGACUCUGCUCUGGCAGAGCUGAAGGAAGCCCACAACCAGACAGAGCCCUCCUUUACUGCAGACACACCAGUCACAGGGUAUUACGGCGUGUCCCUAGAGACGCACCUCAAGAGCUUGGGCCGGGAGAUUGCGCUCCCCAUCGAGGCCUGCGUCAUGAUGUUGCUGGCCUCAGGCAUGAGGGAGGAGGGACUCUUCCGGCUGGCAGCAGGUGCCUCGGUGCUGAGGAAGCUGAAGAGCAGCUUGGCCAGUGGCUCCAACACCCUGGAGGAGUUCUAUGCAGACCCCCACGCUGUGGCCGGUGCACUGAAAUCCUACCUGCGGGAGCUGCCCCAACCUCUGAUGACCUUCGAGCUCUACGACGAAUGGGUCAAAGUGGCCAGCUUCAAGGACUUUGAUGGCCGAGUACAGAGUCUCCGAGACACCUGCAGUCGCCUGCCCCAGGAGAACUACAAUAAUUUAAGGUAUCUGAUCAAGUUUUUAGCCAAGCUGGCCGAACACCAGGAGGUAAAUAAAAUGACCCCCAGCAACAUUGCCAUUGUGCUGGGCCCCAACCUGCUCUGGGCGCAGCAGAGCACAGGAGAUCCCAUGCAACUGGACUUGGCCUCGGUCUCUUCCAUCCAGGUGGUGGGCAUUGUGGAAGCGCUCAUCCAAAACGCGGACACCCUCUUCCCCGGAGAGAUAGAUUUCAACGUCUCAGGCAUGUUCACACCACCUGCGAAUGCUGUACUUAGCGAGGCCAGCGCGGUAGAGGAGUCGUCUCCCAAGUCCCCACCAGCCAGCACCCCUGCUCUCCCAGCUGAAGAAGUCACAAGAGAUUCCAAGAUGAAUUCUCAGCCAGCUUCCCCAAAGGUGACCAGACCUUCUGAAGCUGCAGGGCUGCUGGCCCCAACGCCAGCUGAUGACACCACCCGCAAAGGCAAGCGCCCGGCUCCUGCCCGGCCCACGGUGCCACCGCCGCCUGUGGCCCAGCCCCGCAGCUCAGCUCCCACCUCAGCGGCCCCUGAGCACACAACUGGUCCCAAAGCCCUGCCACGACGGAUGGCUGGGGGCCCCAGUCGAGCCCCCUCUGUCCCCCCACCGCUGCCUCCGCAGCCAACACGCCGCCAGAGCCGUAACGGCCCACAGGCCCCUAUGCCUCCCACCAGCGAAGCUGGUGCCACACCUGACAUGGAGACCACCACGGACUGUGACCUGGGAGCUGCCAACAGGCAGUCGCUGUCUCCGGGAGGAAGGAGUCCCCCAGUGGCAUCUCAGCCAGCGGGCCAGGCCUCAGAGAAUGACUGAGCAGGGCAGGGGGACUCAGGGGCACUGGCUCUCCUGUCCUUCUGCAGCAGGUCUGGGGAAGAUGGGGUCCAGUGCCCCUCCAGGAUCUCCUUCCCUUCCUGUGGCCGAGCAUCUGGCAAGAGUGCAAGGGGAGCUCUGUGAAGACGCCUGGGUGGCACAAGGGACAAUGCGCCCUCAGCUCCUUCCUCCGCUGCCUUGGUUCAUCCUGAGCACAGACCCUUUAUGUGCUUCUCCCUCUCUUUCCAUCUCUGUCUCCAAAGAUCUUUGCUCCUUUCAUCACUGCUUAGCAUUGCCAUGUCCCCAUUACCACAAGCACAGGUCGACUUUCCCUCUUCCCGUCUGAUUGGCAUGAACUUCCCAUCACGACACACACCUGAACCUCAGCUCCUGGAGAGCCUUGCUGCGUUUCGGGGCACUGCCACUACCGGCAAGAAACCUCUCCCUGCCCAGGCCCAUAUCUCUGAUCCUGAGUGGUCCUGUUGAGCCACCCAGCAUUGUGGGGGGUGGUCAGGGAUCAUUCCAGUCUGUUCCUCAGAUUACUGUUAGGGUACUUGGUGGUGAGGGCCCAGAUGCUGUGUUUCUCCUGGGGUUACCUCUCAUGGCCACUUUGAAGAGUCUUUCAGCCCUCCAGAAAGAGUUGUUCAAGGCUGUGCCUUAUCCACUUUCUUUUCCAAAACUUCACCCUAAUUUACUGCCCUGAUGCUCUCUAAACCCUGGAGCACAUUGCGGGGGGGAGACUCUAAGACAUAUUUGUGAUAUUUAGACAUCAGGUGGGAAAUGCAUCACCAGGCGGAGACCAGCUGCUUCUGGCUUCAGAAGCAUUUUGGCACAGAAAGCCUAGCUCCAGAGGCUCAUACAGUUGUUUACAGGUGCAAAGCAGUAAUUCUAAACCUUGAUGUCUAAUUUUGCCUUAAAAUGUCUUGUGCUCUACCUAGGAAUUGAUAUGGCUGAUUUUACAGCGAAAGUUUUUAAAAUGCACACGUGUGCAAACACACACACA